AUGGAAGUUAUCAAAGAAUCGACCAAUGUCGAAGAAUUCAUUCCGAUAAAUGCAAAUAAUUCAACAAACGAAUGCUACACUUGCCGAAGAUCAGAAGAUGUCGAUCGAAUGAAACUAAUAGAACGUUCAAAUCAAACAGCUGCCUUAAUUAACGAAGAAACAAAACUGAAAAGUCUUCACCGUCGUUUAGAAAUGCGUAUAAAACGUUUCUUACAUCACACACGAAAUUCGAUUCUUCUGGAGGAAAAACUACUUGAAAUAGAAAAACGGUCCCAUAAAGAAUUGAUUCUACGUCAGAUUCCCGACGAUCAUGGUCAAUCAUUACAGAAGUAUAACACAUUAUCGAAUAGAACACAACAAGUCGAAGCGAAAAAUAUUAAACUGAAAGAAAACAUUGCUGUUCUAUGUAAUAAAAUAAAAUUAAUGGAAAAAGAUCUCGAACAAAAGAAACAAAAUUGUAAUCAUCAAUCGAAUAAUGAUCAGCAAUAUCUGUCUGUUCAAAAAGAAAAUCAAUUACAUCGUAUGAAUCUUAAAUUAAGCAAGAUUUGUGCAGAUAAUGUCCAGUUACGCACAGAGAUUAAACGUAUGUUAGAUAAACGUCGCAAAAUGACUGAUGAAUAUAAUCGACUUAGUAUUGUCAUGCAAAAUGCAACGGAUGAAUCUCGAAGAUUAACAUCUGAGUGUUCGGAAAGUUUCGCUAAUCGACGGAAUUUAGUUGCACGCAUGCGAGCUAUGCGUGACCAGCAUGAUCGUGAUGAGAAGAAAUUAUUAGAUGAUAUUCGUGAACUUGAUCGUUUAUUGGAAAGAAAUCAUGCGUCGAAAAGUUUCAUUUUGAAAAAGUCGAACAUGCGACAAGAAUAUGUUCGAUUGAAUGAAUUGUUUGCAGGCAAACGCUCGAAAGGAGCGCAAAGUGCUUAUACAGCUGAUGAGUUCCAUCGGCUAUUUCGAUAUGGUUUCAAUCAGGAUUUUCACAAAGAAAAAAUUCUCAAUCGGACCGUUGAAAAUUUUCUCAAUGAACAAGAACGAUCAUUUACACUUUUUGAAUAUGUUGUUGAAUUAAUCAAUGAACUUGAUCAUCUGCAUGACGAACUCGAUAAGAAACGAAAUUAUAUUUCCAAUUUAUUCUCUUCAGAUAACAUCGAUUCAUUCGCUAUGAAGGAUAUCUUUGCAAAACUUGAAUAUUCCGUCAAUCAAGCACAUUUGAAUGUUCAGUCAUUCGACAUAGCGAAAGAAAAUCUUCGAAGUCUGUUAGAUGCCGCAUAUGAAUUGAUAUACGACUUCUUCAUUGAACUGAAUUGCGAUCGGAAUUUCAUCUUCUCUUCGUCAAAAACGAUCUACGAUCGAAAUAUUCUUGCUUAUCUAGCGACUAUUGAGAGUCGUGUACAACAAUUAUUACCAACAAAACGAGUCUACCAAAAGGGUGGAGUUCAUCACGAUUAUAUAGAUGAUACAACCAUCAGUUGGCGAUUAGAUCACCGAAAUACCGAACAAUUAUCACUUCUAACCAAUACACACAAAAACAGACAGUUUCGAACAACUAAUUUACAUGAGUUAGAUUCGCUUACACCUCAAAUAGUAUUGACUGAGCAAAAUGCUGCUACACAUGGAACUGAGCAAAUAGUACCCACAGAAAUAAUCGAUACAAUCUUGAAUGUUUACAAUGACUGCAUUCACGUUCAUCCUUCAAUUCGUCAUAUGAACAAUAAUCUAAAUCUUAUCGAUCAAACCAACGAAACAAAACUCUAG